CAGUUGCAGCUGAUCCGUCGUGCCGGGAGGAUCGUACAACUUUUACUAAAACAAUAACAAUUUUAACCAAAUAAAAAAAUUAAAAAAAAACCACACUAACAUAUUAGCUAACUUAAUUAAACAUAAUAAAUAAGUAAAAAUAGUGCUGUGAUAAUAAAAGUGACGUAAUUCAAAAUUUUAAAAAAGUGAGUAAAAAAAUUGUAACAACAAAAAGAACAAAAAAACAGAAAACAUAGUGUCAUAACGAAAGGGGAUAUAAAUAGUUUGAGUGACUUCAUAUGAUAUAUAAAAAUGAAUUUCGUCAAAAAAAUUCCAAGCUAAAUUGUGGUGUGAUGUCGUAUUUUUAGAGUGGAGUCUCUUCAUCUCCAUAUUAUUUUAAAAUUAGAUAUUUUUUUUUUAAAUAUUUAAUAUGUCGUUUUUACCAAGUAGAAGUCGAAGAACACCGGUCAUAUGUUUUGUUGCAUUAUUAUUUUUAAUUGCACUUUAUCAAUUGGGAAUAAUAUGUGGAUCAAACAAAGAACAACCAACAAGUGUCAUGGUUACAAGUGAGAAAUAUGUGAUGGGUGAAUUUGAUAAAAAAAAAUAUCCAUAUGAUAGAAAUAUGCCAUUAAUAUUUAUCGGUGGUGUACCAAGAUCAGGAACAACAUUGAUGAGAGCCAUGCUUGAUGCACAUCCUGAAAUAAGAUGUGGCCAAGAGACUCGAGUUAUCCCGAGAAUUCUCCAGAUGCGAUCACACUGGUACAAAUCAGAACGUGAAAGUAUGCGUCUUGCUGAAGCUGGAAUUUCAAAAGAGGUUGUUGACAGUGCAAUUGCUGCAUUUUGUCUUGAAAUAAUAGCAAAACACGGUGAACCAGCUCCACGUUUAUGUAAUAAAGAUCCAUUGACAUUAAAAAUGGGAUCAUACGUUCUAGAUUUAUUUCCAAAUGCCAAAUUUUUAUUUAUGGUACGAGAUGGUCGUGCUACUGUUCACUCUAUAAUAUCAAGAAAGGUAACAAUAACAGGUUUUGAUUUAUCAUCUUAUCGACAGUGUAUGAUUAAAUGGAAUCAUGCUAUUUCAGCAAUGUAUACACAGUGUCGUGAUGUUGGUAGUGAUAGAUGUUUUAUGGUACCAUAUGAACAACUUGUAUUACAUCCACGUCAAUGGAUGAAAAAGAUACUUCAUUUUCUUGAUGUACCAUGGAAUGAAUCUGUACUACAUCAUGAUGAGUUUAUAAAUAUACCUGGUGGUGUACCACUCAGCAAACUGGAGAGAUCAUCUGAUCAAGUAAUUAAACCAGUGAAUUUAGAGGCAUUAACUAAAUGGACAGGUCACAUACCUCAUGAUGUUUUACGCGACAUGCCAGAUAUUGCACCAAUGCUAUCAGUACUUGGUUAUGAUCCAUAUGCAAAUAAACCAGUUUAUGGUGUACCAGAUAAUGAUGUCAGGGAAAAUACAAGAAAGGUUUUAGCUGAUGAUGGAGUUUGGCUAACAAAAGCACGAGAAUUAGCACUUGAAGUUAAACCAGAAAAUGUUAUAAAUUCAGAACAAGAAAGUACAUCGUCAAGUACACCAAACGAGUGAAGCUUAACAAUAAAUUCAUGACUGAAAAAAAAAAUAAUAAAUAAAAUUAAAUAUAAAGUGUAUGGAAAUUAAUUUCAAUGCAUAACGAAUGAAUGAAGAUGAAUGAAAAUAGAAAAUAUAAAUAAAUUAUAAUGUAAAAUUGAAAAUUAUAUAUUACAGAAUCUCUGUACUGAUAAUUAAUAAUUUAUAAUAAUUUUUUUUUUUUUGUUUUUAUGUACUGAAUGAAUUACUAAAGAUCUGUUAUUUUAUUCUCUUUAAGUUUUUUUUUAAUUAAUUCAUUAAAGUAUUACUGAUAAUAGUACUUUAAAAUAGCAUAAAAUUUUUUUAAAAAUAAUUAUAUUUUUAUUGAUAAUUUAAAUAAUAAAUUGCUUUAUUAUUGUGUUAUUAUUAUUAAUUAAAGAGGGCCAAUUUUAAUUAACAUAAAAUUUUUUUCCUAAACAAUACUUUAGUUGUUAAAUUUUUUUUUUGUUCAUGUAUUAUUUAGUUGAAAAUUUUUAUUGUAUUUUUUGUUUAUUUAAAUUUAUUGUGGUCUCUUGAUGUGCAUAUUCAAUUGCCAUAUUAAAAAUAAGAUUUAAAAACAUUAACAAUAAUGAAAAACAAAAAUUUAAAAAAAAAAAAAAACCAAAUUAUUUUUUCUCUUUGUUUUUGUUUUAAUUGUAAAAUUGUUUAUGUUUAAUUAAAAUGAAAAAUCAAACUUUUAUAUUUAUUAAUUAUAGCGCAAUAUUAUUUUAUAAUUUUAAUUGAUUUAUAUAUUUUCGUUGACAAAAAAAAAAAGAUAUAUAAUAUAUAAAUAGUUAGAUAGGUAAAAUAUGAGUUUAAAAAAAAAAAGAAUUUUUAAUACUGAUUGAUGAAAAAUAAAUAUAAACAUGAGUUUAAUUAAAAAAAAAAAAAAACAAACAAUAAUAAUUGUUAAUAAACGAUUAUUUAUAUGUAAAGUUUAUGCAUCAAUAUUGUAUUUAUACUAUUAAUUUAAUUUAAAUAAAUUAUUUUACUAAAAAAAAAAAAA